AUGAAGGCAUUGAUUCUCCUGGCUCUCUUUGCUGUGGCAUAUGCUGCACCUCUUGAGGAGGAUGACAAGAUCGUUGGAGGGUAUGAGUGCAGGAAGAAUGCUUUGCCCUACCAGGUGUCCCUGAACUCUGGAUACCACUUCUGUGGUGGCUCCCUGAUCAGCGACCUGUGGGUGGUCUCUGCGGCUCACUGCUACAAGUCUCGCGUUCAGUUGCGUCUGGGUGAACACAACAUCGCUACCAAUGAGGGCACCGAGCAGUUCAUCAAUUCUGCCAAGGUCAUCAAACAUCCCAGAUACAACAGCCGUAACCUGGACAACGACAUCAUGUUGAUUAAGCUGAGCCGUUCCGCCUCCCUCAACAGCUACGUGCGCACUGUGGCCCUGCCCACCAGCUGUGCCGGUGCUGGUACUCGUUGCCUUGUCUCUGGAUGGGGCAACACAAGCGGAAGUGGAAGUGAGUACAACUACCCUGACCGUCUGAGGUGCCUGGAUGUCCCCAUCCUCAGUGACAGCACCUGCAGAAGUGCAUACCCUGGUCAGAUCACCUCCAACAUGUUCUGCGCUGGCUUCAUGGAGGGAGGCAAGGACUCUUGCCAGGGUGACUCCGGUGGUCCUGUCGUCUGCAACGGUGAGCUGCAGGGUGUUGUGUCCUGGGGUUAUGGUUGUGCUUUGAGAAACAAGCCUGGUGUCUAUGCCAAGGUCUGCAACUACAACUCCUGGAUCAGGAGCACCAUGAGCUCCUACUAG